AUACGAAAAAUCACUUGCGCACUUUGGUAUACAAUGCGUGCCUUGAGCGUGUACAGAGCCAACAUGUUCUACCGUAUCAUGCGUGUAGAGCCUGUAACUAGUGCGACUUGAAUGUUUCCCCAUUAGCCAAUAUAAAUGCGUAUAGAACAUACAGACAGUGCUCUCAGGCAACAGAUGACGCGCAUUCCAACAUUCUUGCGAUUGCAAAUGUCACUCUGAGGUUAGAAUACCGUGUAAGCAAGUAUAGUGCCAUGCGGUGCCGUUGACCAGCAGACAAGAAGAAAAGAAAUAUGCUAGAAUUUCAACUACUACCUGCCAAUCAACUUGGCAUAUCAACAUCCCAAAGAAUGCAAUCUCAGACACGAGAAGCUUUCACAAGACCAGCGUCAUCCAACAAGCCGGUAAAGCCAAGGCCACACAAAGGGUGGACUGUCUCGGCUAUGCCGCGGGGACAUCCCAAGAACUGGUUCCAGUGUGCAAAUCUAAAAUCCGAGGUGGAGUAUGAUAUGCUGUUGGAUUCCUCCGGGCCAACAUCAGCCAUGCUCACUGUUCACAAUGAGGUGUUUGCGGCAGUUUUUUUGGCGUAGUUGGUAAUGGGACUGAUGCUAACGAAAAAAGAAGUGGGCCAACCAAGUCAGAUUUUGGAAAAUGGUUGGAGUUUUAGUGAAAAGCUUGUUCACGGUCAAGUUUAGGCUCCAGUUAUCAUGGGCAAUUGAUACUGUUCAUGGCCCGUCUGGUUGGUGGCGAGGUGGAUUGAUGGUCAGCAUUCCAAUGUGAAGCUGAUUGGGGUAACAACGAGAGAGGUAGAAGAGAGAAUGGAGAGAAGAAAAAAGGAGAAAAAAGAGAAGAGUUGUUGGUUCUUGACAAAGCCAAAUAAACCUUCUCGUUAAGCAUACUGUGAAGGAAUACGCCACUCGACAUCUUUUUAUUCUUCAGAACUUGAAAUAUCUUGACUUGGUAGUAAUAGAAAUAAAAGAUGCGGCCAGCGUUUCUAUUUCACACAGCUAGUAAGAUUUAGCUUACCAUAGCACUCAUUAACAAGUUGCUAUUAGGACUCAUCC